AUGGGCAUUCCAGAACCAGCACAAGAGAAAGACAAGGCAGCCAUCACGAGCAGUCAGGAGACAGAUCCAGGCACUCUGGAACUGGACAUGGACAAACCUCAUCAGCAUCCAGUGACAAUAGACAUCAUGGAUCCAACAUCAGUCAGUAAUCGCAGACAUCAGAGAUCUAACAUCAGUCAGGCCACGAACAGUGAUGACUCAGACAGCCCAUCAGUGACAGCCCAUGGGCAUUCGGGGGUAAGUCACAGAAACGAACAACAAUCUGCACAAGGCGACUCAGGGGAAAGAUACAGGCACUCAGGCUCACAUCAAGGGCAGGAGGCCGCACACAGGCAGUCUGACUCUGCUCAUGGGCAUUCCAGAACCAGCACAAGAGACAGACAAGGCAGCCAUCACGAACAGUCAGGAGACAGAUCCAGAAGAGAAAGGCAAGGCAGCCAUCACGAACAGUCAGGAGACAGAUCCAGGCACUCUGGAACUGGACAUGGUCAAACCUCAUCGGCAUCCAGUGACCAUAGACAUCAGGGAUCCAAUGUAGGUCAGGCCAGUGAUAGUGAAGUCUCAGACAGCCCGUCAGUAUCAGCCCAUGGUCACUCUGGGGUAAGACACAGAAACCAACAAGAAUCUGCACGUGGCCACUCAGGGGAAAGAUCUAGGCACUCUGGCUCACAUCAAGGGCAGGAGGCCGCACACAGGCAGUCUGACUCUGCUCAUGGGCACUCUGGAUCCAGCACAAGAGAAAGGCAAGGCAGCCAACAUGAACAGUCAGGAGACAGAUCCAGGCACUCUGGAAGUGGACAUGGGCAAACCUCAUCGGCAUCCAGUGACCAUAGACAUCAGGGAUCCAAUGUCAGUCAGGCCAGUGAUAGUGAAGACUCAGACAGCCCGUCAGAGUCAACCCAUGGUCACUCUGGGGUAAGACACAGCAACCAUCAAGACACUGCACAUGGACACUCAGGAGAAAGAUCUAGGCACUCUGGCUCACAUCAAGGGCAGGAGGCCGCACACAGGCAGUCUGACUCUCUUCAUGGGCACGCCGGAUCUAGCACAAGAGAAAGACAAGGCAUCCAACAUGAACAGUCACGUGACAGAUCCAGGCACUCUGGAACUAGACAUGGACAAACCUCAUCGGCAUCCAGUGACCAUAGACAUCAGGGAUCCAAUGUCAGUCAUACCAGUGAUAAUGAAGAACGCUCAGAAGUCUCAGACAGACAAUCCAGGUCUGGUUCCAUAAACCACCAUGGCCAGUCAAGAGACAGCUCUGGAUACUCCAGGUCUAACCACAGGCAGUUUGAGUCUGCCCCUGGACACUCAGACCUACGUAGUAGAAAACAACAAGGUCACUCUAGUACUGUUUCUCAGGAGUUAGGACAUAGCUCAAGAAUGCAAUUACGUGGUCCUCAUCACAUUUCUGGGACCAAUAAUUUUCACUUCAUGAGAAGUGAAAGGCAACUACAUGGCUCAGGUAUAGGUUGGAGACAUGGGAGCUAUGGAAGUGCAGAUUAUGAAUACAGGCACUCAGGGUUUGGGCCAUGUCAAGAUGGAAGCGUCAGUCAUAGUUCUAGCCCUGUGAAAUUCGAGGACAGAGCUGAAAACAGAAAAGCUUCUGGAUGUGGAGAAGGAUUUACCAGAUCUAGUAUAAUACGCAGUAAUAGACACCCAGUGUCAAGUGAUAUAUCGAAACAGUUAGGGUUUGGUCAGUCAGAAAGAUACUAUUACUACGAAUGA